CGUCUGCGUCCAUAAUAAGCUUGCUUGCUAGCUAGUGCCUCACUCUCACUACACAUACUCACACAGUAGUCACACUCACUUGUUACGCUUGCGCUCUUAUAUAUAACUGUUUUGGGCGAGCCAGCUGAAUUAGCUCAAUCAUUGCAAGGGCGAAAGAACACGACACAGCAGCAGAAACGGCAUGGAGGCCAACGGGUCGCAGCAGGAGGAGCCUCGGCGCCUCAGCUCCGGUGAUCACGAGUCCCUCAAGGACCCCAAGAAGAGGAAGGGGGGGUGGAUCACCUUCCCUUUCCUCGCAGUGGCCAUACUGUGCCUCGGGUUGGCGAGCGGGGGCGCCAUGUCCAACAUGGUGGUCUACCUGAUAACGGAGUACCACGUGCCCAGCGUCGACGCGGCGCAGAUCUCCACCAUCAUCUCCGGCUCCAUCAGCGUCGCCCCGGUGGCCGGCGCCAUCGUCGCCGACGCCUUCUUCGGCUGCUACCCCAUCGUCGCCAUCGCCAUGGCCACGUCCGUCCUCUCCUUGGUGAUGUUCACGCUGACGGCGAGCCUUCCGGGCCUGCGGCCGGCGGCGUGCCAGCCCGGCGCCGGCCCGUGCGAGCAGGCGUCGACGGGGCAGAUGGCGGCGCUGUACGCGGCCGUGUUCCUGCUCUGCCUGGGCGCGGCGGGGGCGCGGUUCAACCAGGCGACCAUGGGCGCCAACCAGUUCGAGGCGGCCGCCGACCGCGACGUCUUCUUCAACUGGUACUUCAUCCUCCUCUACGCCUCCUCCGUGCUCGGCGCCACCGUCAUCGUCUACGUCCAGGACACGGUGUCCUGGACGCUCGGCUUCGGCAUCUCCUGCGCCGCCAGCGUCGUCGGCCUGGCCGCGCUGCUCCUCGGCGCGCGGUACUACCGUCAUCCCGCCGCCCAGGGCAGCCCCUUCACGGGGCUCGCCAGGGUGGUCUUCGCCGCCGCGAGGAAGAGGAAGGUCAGUGUCGUGGCUCCGGGGGAGCUGAAGUUUUACCACGGGCUACGUAGGGAAGACGACGACGGCAAGAACGGCGGCGACGAUGUCCUUCCUCCGAGCGACAGCUUUAGCUUCCUGAACCGUGCUGCGGUGAUCACGGACGGCGACGUGGACGGCGCGAGCGGCUCGGCGCUCCGGCCGUGGCGCGUCUGCACUGUGCAGCAGGUGGAGGACUUCAAGACGGUGCUGCGCAUCCUGCCGAUCUGGAGCGCGGCCAUCGUGCUGAGCGUGGCCAUCGGCGUGCAGAUCAACUUCACCGUCCUGCAGGCGCUCGUCAUGGACCGCGCCGUGGGGCCAUUCACGGUGCCGGCGGGCUCCAUGAUCGUGGGCACCCUCAUCUCCGUCGUCAUCUUCCUCGGCCUCCUCGACCGGGUCCUGCUCCCGCUCUGGAGGCGCGUGACCGGCCACACGCCGACGCCGCUGCAGUUGGUGGGCGCAGGCCAGGCGCUCACCGUGCUGAGCAUGGCCGCGUCGGCCCUCGUGGAGCGCGAGCGCACCGCCACCGUGCGCGCGCACGGCCAGGAGGGCGACCCGGCGUGGGUGUCGCCGCUGUCGGCCAUGUGGCUGGUGCUGCCGUUCGCCGUGGCCGGGGCCGGGGAGGCGCUGCACUUCCCGGCGCAGGUGACGCUCUACUACCAGGAGUUCCCGCCGUCGCUCAAGAACACGGCCACGGGCAUGAUGGCCAUGAUCGUGGCGCUGGGGUUCUACCUGAGCACCGCCCUCGUCAAUAUCGUCCAGCGCGCCACCACCUGGCUGCCGGACAACAUGAACGCCUCCAGGCUGGAGAACCUCUACUGGCUGCUCACCCUGCUCGUCGCCCUCAACUUCGGCUACUUCCUUACGUGCGCAAAGCUCUACAGGUACCAGAACAUCGGCAAGUAGCUCAAGCUCAGGAGACAACAAUCGUUGCUCUAUAUGGCAUGGUGUGUGUGUGCUUGAUUUGGGUGUGAUGAACGACAGUUUUGGCAGAGCUAUGAAGCUUCCAACUCUGUGCGGUUUGCCUGGUUUGAGAAGAGAUGUUAUUACUGCGUGGAUUUUGAUGAGCUUCCAACUAAAUGCAUGCUACCAUCUCCAUUCUCUGUAUGGUCGGUUCUGUAACAAGCUGGAUAAACCGUGAUUUUUGUUGGGAUAUCCUCCUCAUGUGGGAUGUAAGGAGAUGA